GUUCAUUUUGUUUUGGUUUUUUGGUUUUAACCGAAACCAAACCAAUUGGAAAGCUAGUGGUUUCAGUUUUUUGGUUUUAAACCAAUAAGUAACUUAAUGGUUUGGUUAGGUUAAAACCAAAAAACCAAUAGAAACCAUUAAGAAACCAAUAAGAAUAAAAUUAUUUAUCAACAAAUGUAUUUUUUUUCUUUUGACACGCAUGCCAACCAAUAAUUUGUUAUGGCCAUUUACCAUUAUUAUGACGUUUAUUCAAUAAAAAAGAGGGAAAUAGGAAUAAAUAUGAGUGUAUGAGUACAUGUUGAUUUUUUGGUUAUCCAAACCAAAACCAAAACCAUUAAGGCCUUUAUUGGUUUUUGGUUGAACCUUAAUGGUUUUGGUUUUGAUUUUUGAGAUUUGGUUUUUGGUUUUUGAUUUUUCAUACUUAAUGGUUUGGUUAACCAAAUCAAACCAAAUUGACAGCCCUACCUCCUUGUCAAUGCCGGACUGGAGCACCGGGAGGAACCCGCGGUCCUUUUACGCCGCUUAACUUUCGUCCUCGUCUCACGGGCUUGAAGCCCAUCCUUAAAUUUUUGCGACCUUGGGCCAUCAAGCAUUCCAGCUUGCUCUCCUAAGGCGGCCCGCCUCUCUCCUCCUUCAAUUUAAAGCCCAUUGCACCAAGUAACGAGAAUAUAAUGGCUUCAAUAGCGAUUCCAACAGGCCUGGGCUGAAUUGUUUCGCGGCCCACUUGCAAUUGUGAUCGGGUCAUUAUAAGUCAAAGCCCGGUCGCACCUUUAUUUUUUAUUUUAGUUAGGGCUUGUGAUUUGGGUGCCAAUUGGCAAUUUACGAUUGGAUCUAGAACUCAUGUACCUAGUUAUUUGAGUAAAAUUCAGAAUUUAUUCCAAAAUAAUUCAAUUUCCUGCUUGAAAGUCAUAUUUUUUUCUCCACUCUUAUAAAAGUAUCGUCUAUUAAAUUUGCAUUUAUCAUGUCGUCGUAGUAUUACUUUGAGUAUAAGAACUUUCAAUGUUGUCCUUAUCAUGUCCUCUAGUUGUUUACACCUAUUAUUUUGCUUUAAUUGAUUAGUAUGAACUAUGGAGUGUUUGUUUGGCUUCAAAUAAGCCAAUUAGACUAUUUCAAAUAAUUUGGUUAGACCAACAGGAGGUUUAUGCUUUAGUUAUUUCUAUCCCACCAUAAACAACCUUACGAUACUAAGAAGCGACAUUGUUUGGUCGAGUUCAAACAAUGGUGUAAGUUCAUCGAUGCCACAUUAUAGCACUAAGCAAUGUGGUCCGAUCAUUUGACAAACUUGAUUGCCAUCGCAACAUCAUUUUCAAACAAUAACAUUCAGCAGCUAUCGAAUACAUUUUUUUUUAGUGAGAUACGUAUAACAUUUUAUUAGACGAUACAUACAUAUAAUUUUUUUUCCAGUCAAAAUGCAAAUAAAUCAUUCUCUUUUUUUCAUUGACACAAGUAAAAAAAAAAAAAGCAAUUAUGUUAGAAACUUGUUGCCCUCCCAUUGGGUUAUUACCACGAAAUUUCACAAUGCAUGCAUUAAAUUGCAGAGACAGAGACGUGACUGAUUUUUUUUUAAUUUCUUCAAACACUUCUGUCUUUGACUUUCGACAGUAAUUUGGAAUUAUACAAAAAUAAUAUCUUAUUGCCGGAAUUAAGUCCGACAGUGAGAGUUGCAGCAGUCCUUUGUGGUGGUGGAUGCGUCUUCGUCAGCUAGUAGCAACCGGUCAACACCUUCCUCCUCUUGCCGCCGCAGCCAUGAUUUCCGGCCUCCUCCUCCUCCUCCUCCUCCUCCUAAUCUCGACCACCAUCCCCUCACCCACUACCGCCUUAUCCUUCAACUUCACAACCUUCACCAGCAGCAACCAGAACAUCACAUACGAGCAAGCCUUCGCCGCCGAGAACUCAAUCCAGCUCACCCGCAACCUCCUCGGCUCCGAUCUCAACAUCAGCUUCGGCCGCGCCACCUACCGCUCACCUUUACCCCUCUACGAUCCCAAUUCCAGAAACCUCACCGACUUCCGAACCCACUUCACUUUCAGCAUCUCCUCCCAAAUCCGAGACGCCGGCGGCUACGGCGACGGCCUCGCCUUCUUCCUCGCCCCCGUAGGUUCCAGACUUCCCCCCGACCAAACCAAUGCCAGCUCCAUGGGGCUCACCAGAGACGGGCAGCUGCUGAACACGACGGCGAACCGAUUCGUCGCCGUCGAGUUCGACAUUUUCAGUAACGAAUUCGAUCCGGCGACGGGGAGCCACGUCGGAAUCGACAUCAAUUCGAUGCGAUCCGUGGCGAUCGUACCCUGGGAAGGAGAUAUAAUGGGUGGGAAUAAGAGCGAUGCUUGGAUUUCUUACGAUUCUGUUCUUCGAAAUUUGAGCGUUGCGGUGACAGGGUAUGUGGGGAACGUUUCGGUGAUUCGGCGGCUGAGCUACAAUGUCGAUUUGAGGGAUUACCUUCCCGAAGAGGUAACUUUUGGGUUCUCGGGAGCUACCAGGAAUCAAAGCGCGAUUCACAGGAUUCAUUCUUGGGAUUUCGAUUCUACAUUGGAAGGAAUCGUUCCUCUUGCUAAUGGCAAUGGGAGUAACCCUAGUCGUCCAAUCGGUGGGAAGAAGAACAGAGUCGGUUUGUUGGUGGGUUUGGGAAUUGGGGGUUUUCUAGUUGGUGGGUUGUGUUUGAUUUGUGUAAUUGUGUAUAGGAAAAGAGUGCGCUUUAGAUUGAAGAGGGAAGACGACGGCGAUGAUGCAGAGCAGGAAGAAGUUAAUCGCCGCAUGAUGGAUGAGAUACUGGGGAAAGGGAUGGGACCGAGAAAGUUUACUUUCAAGGAACUGGCUAAGGCUACUAACAACUUCAGCGAUUCGCACAACAAGCUUGGGGAAGGAGGGUUCGGCGGGGUUUACCGAGGGUUUAUCAAGGAGAACAAUGAGUACGUUGCCGUGAAGAGAGUAUCCAAAAGAUCGAGACAGGGGAUCAAGGAAUUCGCGGCGGAGGUGAAGAUCAUCAGCAGGCUGCGGCACAGGAAUUUGGUUCAGCUCAUUGGAUGGUGUUAUGAGAAAAGAGAGCUGCUCCUGGUCUACGAGUUUCUCCCCAAUGGCAGCCUGGAUAUCCAUCUGUUCAAGAACAAGGAUGUGAACUCUCUUUUGUUGACAUGGGAAAUGAGGUACAAGAUCGCCAAAGGGCUGGCAGCAGGGCUGUUGUAUUUACACGAGGAGUGGGAGCAAUGCGUGGUUCACAGAGACAUUAAGUCGAGCAACAUUAUGCUGGAUUCGAGCUUCAACGCCAAGCUCGGCGAUUUCGGGCUGGCGAGGCUGGUGGACCACGAGAAAGGUUCACAGACGACAAUGCUGGCAGGGACGAUGGGUUAUCUGGCACCAGAAUGUGCCACAACGGGCAAGGCGAGCCGCGAAUCGGACAUUUACAGCUUCGGCGUGGUGGUUCUGGAGAUUGCUACGGGGAGAAAGCCUGCUGUUGUAGUGAACCCAGAGGAGGAGCAGCGGCAGCAGUAUGCGGAGCAUUUGACUCAAUGGGUUUGGGACCUCUAUGGAGAUGGAACGUUGUUGAUUGAAGGUCCUGAUUUAAGGCUGGGCAAGGAUUUCGACGAGCGGGAAAUGGAGAGGUUGAUGAUCAUUGGGCUGAGUUGUGCUCACCCGCAUGCCAAGUUCAGACCUUCCAUUCGGCAAGCAUUGCAAGUCCUCAACUUUGAGGCUCCAUUGCCGGUGCUCCCGCUCAGCAGACCAGUGGCGACUUAUGUUUCGGCCCCAUCGACUGCUGUGUCGUCUACUUUUUCGUCUUCCACCGUUGGUGGUGGUUCUAGCUCUAUGGAUUCAUCAGUGGAAGGUGACAGGAGGAGCUACUUCUCUGCUGAUAUUGCUCCUUCUAGGUUGAAGGUUUCUUCGUCGUCGGUGGAUACUUCCCAUGUCGCUAAUACAUUUUAGCUAGUACCAGUUUUGACUGCAAAGAUUUCGACAAGUGUGUAUCAUCCGACUUUUAUAGGUUCGUCGGCUAUUUAUGAAAAUCGAGAUAGUAUUUAACGCAUAAACCAAGGUUCUCGUUAUAAUGGAAAUAGAGCAAUUGUAAAAAU